AUACGACCCAAAUCCACGACUUGGACCGCCAAUGCGUUUUGUCACACAUGCACCCCACAAUCGUAAUUCAAUCCGUCGAGGACUCGUCUCUGAGAUAUUGAUUUGGUGUUGCAGCGACAAUGGACCUGGUGGUUCGUAGUAUUGAGCUAUGGAGGGCCAGGCGGGAACUCUCCGCCCUGAUCUGGAAGAGGCGAGACUACAUAGUCAAGCAGAUUGACCCACCAGACAAAUGCAUCAGUCUCCUUCGGGCGCAUCCUCAGUUGGCAGGAGAAACCUUCCGAUGUCACAACCCAGUUUAUGAGAAACAAGUUUACCCUCUAUACUUCCUCUUGAUCUGCAAUGCCAGCGUCGACUUGAUCAGGGAAGCCUAUGAAAUGUUCCCACUUGCUGCCCAGCACAAAAUAAAGGGAAACUUUGACCAGACUGACUAUCUUCUAGCAUGUGGAAUGCUGAAUGUAAACGAAGACUCCAUGAUGUUCUUGGCCAACGCUUACAAACCAGCUGUUUGUAGCCCCAAUUCGUCAGGAUAUCUUCCGAUUCAUGUGUUGAUGCAAAAUCGUCAUCAUGUCCCCACUCGUAAGGUCUUGCUGACUUUGCUAGAUCUAUACGAGUCCGAGCGAAGCAACCAGGAAAAUGACAAAGGCAUGAUGCAGCCUGUCUCGAUGAAUUUGCUGGGUUGCCGUGUACGCACCGGUAAUAGCCGAGACGAAAUCGAGGCUCUUCGAGCACCCUUGGCGCUGGCCAUCAAACGCAACUAUGUCAGCAAGGAUGCCUUGGAACUCCUAGUUCAAAGAUUCCCGAAAGACUGCAAAACAUUGAGAUUGGGGCGGGUGACCACAGCGCGGGAACGCCAUCACAUGAUCUACACGCUAGGACAAGAAUCCAACUACAGAUUCACCAAAGAGCACGUCAUGGCCAUUGCCAAUCUCCUUCCGCAGUUGGAAACUCUGUGCUGCCCAGCCAGAGAGUGGCGCCCAGGGGCCUUCAAGGAGCUGAUCGGGCUUCUAUCCGGUAACAACAACGGGCCACAGCGUUCUUCUGUUAGAGAUCUCACGAUCCGUACUCCCCCAACCAACCGAUUCUCUGCUCCGGACCACAGCGCACUAGAGCGUCUCUUGGCGCAUAACACUACCCUCCAACGUUUACAUAUCGACUUCGGCGGAGGUUGUCCUGUAUCGUUCUCCUAUGGAAUUAAACGCUUCGUGGCCUUUCUGCUAAAAGGCUUGCGCCACAACCGAACUCUGAAGGAGCUCCGUUUGACAGGGUUCGCCUCUGAUACCCCACCAGACCUUCUUCAUAAACUGUUGUGGCCAGGGCUUGCCGUUGUGCUUCGAGAAAAUUUGACCUUGUCGAGAAUUGAUGUGGAUGAUGAGGUUGGUCCCGCUGGCGCUGCAUGUGCAAGCAGGAAACAAGCCGAGUACUUGGCAAUGCUCAAUCGAUAUGGACGAGCACAGUUCCGCGAGCCUUCCUUCAGCCUUCCAGAGAUAGUGCCAUUGCUCAAGUCGGUCUGUGGCAUGGUGGAAAUCCUCUAUGGUCUCCUUCGCGAGAAUCCCAGUGUUUGGACUGGGGCCAUCAGCGACGCCGGCCAGCACUUUAGAAGGAUCUAGCUGCACGCGGAUUGUUUUUGAUAAAUUCUACAGAGCGAUGCUAUAGACUUUUAGUUUGCCCUUUUGCUCCUCGGU